AGAUAGUUGACUCCUGGACAUGUUGAAAUUUAACACACAACGGAGAGAAAAAGAGGAAAUUAGUGUUUCCGUGACCGCUUCUUCUGCUUCAGCGAGUUGAAUCGCGUCGGACCGGCGGAGGAUACCGCAGCAAGAGUUCAGUAAAGGCUCCUGACUCCUCUUGCAGGCGAGAUGAGGGACCGACUGUGUGAGCUGGAGACCGUCACCUCCAAGCAUUUAGGAGUGGGACGCAGGCCCGAGGAGAACCCCGACCACACCAGCGAUGAUGGGGAACUGGAGCAACAGGCCAUCGUGUUCGAGGGAGAAGACGUGAUGGACAACAUCUACAAAGAGGCCCAGGCGAUGAGGAAGGAGAUGCAGCUGCUCAAACUGGACGUGAAGCGUCUUGGGAAGCAGAACAGCAGGUUCCUCACGUCUGUCCGGAGGAUCAGCAGCAUCAAACGGGACUCCAACGCACUCGGGCGGGACAUCAAGGCCAGAGGGGAGGGCAUUUACGCUCGGCUGGAGAAGCUGAGGAAGCUAAGCAAAGAGCUGGAGGAGGAGCACGGGCCUGCAUCCGCCGUGGCUCGCAUGGUGCGCUCACAGUGCGUGUCUCUGACCAGCGCCUUCCACGACGCCAUAUCUGAGUACAACGACGCGGAGAUGGUCCAGAGGGAGAACUGCAAGACUCGCAUCCACAGGCAAGCGGAGAUCAUGGGCAAGGAGGUGACCAGGGAGCAGAUUGACGAGAUGAUCGAGACGGGCAAGUGGAACGUCUUCUCUGAUAACCUCCUCCUGGAGGGGAGGACUGCCAGAUCUGCUCUCAGUGAGAUGGAGACCCGGCACAAGGAGCUGCUGGAGCUGGAGGGCCGCAUCAGGGACAUUCACGAGCUCUUCUCGCAGAUGGCCCAGCUGGUGGAGGAGCAGGGCUGCAUGCUGGAUAACAUAGAAGCAAACGUAGGUGCGACUCAGGACUACGUUGACAAGGCCACCGUUCAGAUCAAGAAGGCCGUGAAAUACCAGAAAAACAAUCCGUGCAAGAAACUCUUUUGCUGCUGCUGCCCUUGCUGCUAAUGAGACGGCAGCAGUGUUAUUUUUAUUUCUCAGUGUCACGAGAAUAAUCGAGAUCAGAUUCAAGUCAGCUUCCUGUGCAGAGAUGCCCUAAUAAAUUGCUUUAGUUUGUGUAUUUAUUUAACUCAAUCGAAGCCUUGCCUUCAUUGUUAAGCAGCGGUAGUAUCCAAAUGUCACACUCUAGUCGCCUCUAGUUUGAGCUGUUCUGAAACAGGGCCCACAUUUCAAACCACACAACCGUAUGCAAAUAUACAGUGAGAUAUGGAUGUUACAUUUCCUGAUAGUUACUGAGAAGAAUGUUUGCAUAUUUGCUGUUGAGACAACUAUAAUCGAAUGCUUAACCCUCAGCUUUCUUCCUCAAUAUUCAGCUGUAAUGCAUUAUGAGAUAUUUAAGUAGUGUACAUCAAUCUAAAUGGACUAGUUUUCACGGCCUGAAUGUACUGGAAGUAGGUCUAUUUCUUAUUACAGCCAUUGCUUAACAAGCCUUAAGAAACUCACAGCCUCUGGUUGUGGUUAGCUGUGGAGGCACGAUAGAUUUGUGUGGAUUUGUGCAACGACGUGUCGGCCACCCCCAUGUAUGGUUAUCACCAGCUUACAGGCCAGGCCUUUGGGUUUCUCAAGAUGUGUUGCUUCACAUGAAAGACAACUCUCUUUGUAAUGCCUCCACUUUUCAGAGAUUAAACAGUGUCGUCCUCAAGCCCAUGCUCUUCUUUAUAGCUUCACUGAUUUUUUAUUUUUAUUUCUAUCACUGACACACAGAUUUGUGUUAUGGGGCAGGUUUGCUCAGAUUCUUCCAUACAAAAAGAAGCGCCAGACUCAAUGUGUACAUGAGUGUUUGCUCAGGUAGUCACCAGCGAAUGGGGAAACUACUCCGGUCAGAGUACUCUCUGUUUGCACAGCAGGCCUAUCUUAUUGUUUGAGUGUGGUGAGAGUACAAUUUAGAAUGUUCCUGUGUGUGUGGCAGUCCAUCAUCCACUGGGGGAUUCCCAGUAAAGUAUAGACUGAAGCUUUAGAGGCCAUCAUCAGUCUCCAUACUGUAACCUACAUGUAGUGACACACCAGUGGGUGUUUACAGAGUUACUGCUCAUCUUCUACUCUGUGUUGGUUAGUGGUGGGAAUUUACUGGCAGCGUGACUGGGCACCGUGACGUCAUACACAGUUUUUUUGUACCAGGAUGGCCGAGUGGUUAAGGCGUUGGACUUAAGAUCCAAUGGACGUAGUCCUCGUGGGUUCGAACCCCACUCCUGGUAUAUUACUUAAAAUAAGUAUAAUGUAUGAACUGGCUUCUGUUCAUCUGUAAAAAGUAGUUACUUAUGUUAAGUGUCUGUUGACGAGUACAUGAUUAAGUUCUGGUUUGGCGCCGCAAGCCAACAUUACAUUUCAGUGUUUCAUUUAAAGUUAC